AGUCAGACAUGAGGCGAAGUCUGACGGUGGUUCUCAGAAGCUGAGAACGUGAAUAAUGGAGUGAAUGUGUACGCGGGGAGGGGCGGGUUGAACAGUCUAGACUUACGUUUCAUACCAGUGUAUUAAUAGUUUUUUAUGAAUUAACUGCUCGUUAUUUUCAAGAGAAAGUGAAUGUGUAAACUUGCAAGUGAUUUUUUGAUUGUGUUUCGAUGAGGUCUUAACAAGAGUAUUACUUGGUGGUUUAAUUUUGGCUGCGGGGAAAGCCCAAUGCCGAUCCAUGGACGUACAACCUUGUGAUGUUCGUGUGCUUUGACAGUAUCCGGAACCUUGAGCAUUUUAGAUUUUAAGAAAGGCUCCUAAAGUUUUGUGUGACAUAAUGGAAGCAAUAGCAAAGCACGAUUUCAAUGCUACUGCAGAAGAUGAGCUUAGUUUUAGGAAAGGUCAGGUUUUGAAGAUCCUCAACAUGGAGGAUGAUCUGAACUGGUACCGAGCAGAACUGGAGGGCUCAGAGGGCCUCAUCCCCAGCAACUACAUUGAGAUGAAGGGCCACGACUGGUACUACGGCAGGAUAACGCGAGCGGACGCGGAGAAGCUGCUAUCAAACAAGCACGAGGGAGCCUUCCUGAUACGAGUGAGCGAGAGCUCUCCGGGCGACUUCUCCCUCUCUGUCAAGUGCUCCGACGGGGUGCAGCACUUCAAGGUACUGCGCGACGCGCAGGGCAAGUUCUUCCUGUGGGUGGUGAAGUUCAGUAGCCUGAACGAGCUGGUAGAGUACCACCGCACCGCCUCCGUGUCCCGGUCGCAGGACGUCAAGCUGCGGGACAUGGUCCCAGAGGAGUGCCUGGUGCAGGCUCUGUACGACUUCACGCCCCAGGAGCCCGGCGAGCUGGAGUUCCGGCGGGGCGACGUCAUCACCGUGACGGACCGCACGGACCAGCACUGGUGGCACGGGGAGAUCGGCGCCCGCAAGGGGCUCUUCCCCGCCACCUACGUCACCCCCUACCACUCCUAGGAAGCCACCGCCCCUCGCUCCUCCGAGGCACGGACGUUCACCCCGGACGAGCGGUUGUGUGCGUUGUCCCCUCGAUUCCUUUCAGCCAGUGACACUUGUGAACACCGGUUACUCCCGCCCGCACGUCUCGAGUCCUCCCUGCAGAGGGAACGAAGCGUGCAGCUGUAGCAGAAGUUGAAGACCCUAGUGCCAUCAAAGCCUGUAGUUUUUUUUUUGUAUGGAAGCGUCUGACCGAAAAAUCAGAGAGACAUGUGUGGAGGUUACAGAUAGGGAGAUAUUUUGGUACUCGAUGUAUUGCUCAUGUAUGCGAGAGCUGCACGUAUUUAUAACUCCGUGCUGUGUAAGGCAACAUGUGGUGGGAUGCGGGGGGGGGGGGGGGGGGAAAUGCGAGAAAAUAAGCUUGCCUUGUCUGAUGAGAAUUUUUUUUUUUCGUGGUAGACACUUGGUUUGUUGUUCCCCUUUGAAGUUGGCCCUCCUUCGUUGCGGAGCCGAGAAAAGACGAUAUCCCGAUAGUUUCAGAGCUUAACCCUUUUGAGCAAUUUGACAUGCAGAUGAGAUGUGCUGGUUUGGCACGUGCAUUGUAGAGGAAGUUGAGGUUUAUUCGCCACGCUGUGGCACUACUGAAUCUCCUCGGUUCGAGAACUAUCCGUGUUGCUUUGCGCACUUCUGCUUGUCGUAACGCGCAACGUUGUUUAGUGUCUCUCUCCACUUAACGUCGCUUCCGCUUAUUUCAUAGUCCGUCUUCCCUGGCGACAGAUUAGUCUUGUGUUUCGCCCGACUAAGCCAGUUUUGCUAGUAACGCCAAGUGAUUCAAGUUUGCUGUGGGUGUCAAAUUAUGAAAUGAUAACCCAUUAUUUUUUGACAUGGUAACUUUGAUAGAAUAGAUAUAAUUCAAUUUUGUAAUAUACACAUACAUUUUUAAUAUUACUGUUAAUGACAUCAAUGUUUUCAUUAUGUGCAGUGUAUUAACUACUAUGCGUACUUCUCAAAUUAUAAUUUAUACAUUUUGUUUUUAAAAAUGUAUAUAUAUAUAUUUUUUUUGAUUGAGUUGUGGGAACAUUGAUUUGUGACAAAUUUUUUGAAUUAUUGAUGAAGUGUUUUGGUGUUAGUAAAUUUUCAAUUUAUCACUUAUUUUUUAAAGCUGUGAAGUUGGAAAUGUUUUAACUCUUAUUCUAGGAACUUGUCAUUUUUUUUGUGUAAUGGUUGAAAUGCUCGUUUUUUGAGUAGUGAAACAGUUUUUUUAAUCUUAUCGAGUUCGUGUGUUAUGAUGUGUAAACAGUGUUUGGUUUCACCCCUUCAACUAAAUUUUUUUAAAGAGAUUUACCGUGAACAUUAUGUGAUACUAGCAGUAAUUUUACAAACACCAGACUAGUUGUAUCAUUUGAAAAUAAAACUAUGUAGAGGAAAACUAAA